AUGCCGGAGCCAAGCGCCGUGUGGCUGGUGGAUAUCAGCAAGAGCAUCGAAUCCGCCAUUGGCGCUCUCGCUCGCGCUAACCUCGAUGCCAAGAGCCACAAAGGAAGAGUACAGCUUGUACUCGUUACAGUCACUGCUGGCAUGAGCGGGAGUGCCUCACCAGCGCACGGCAUGGCGGGGAAGAUGUCGUUCGCGCGGCAGCUGCAGGCGCAGGCGACGCAGGGCGAGGAGGACGAGGUCUACCCCACCUCCGGUCGCAAGCAGAGCGCUGCAGACCUUGCCUCGCCCUCGGCACGUCCUGCCAUCACGAUGCACACAGAGGCAGCGGAGGCGUGGGAGCGAGGGCUGUGCAUCGCUGCCGUCAAGUUCAAGGCUCAGCGGCUGUACAUCAGCAACACGCCGCCGCCUAAGAAGGCCAGUCGGCGCCUAUUCCGCAAGCACGAGCCCGCGCCCAUCAUGGACUUCCCCCUGGACCUCCUCCCUUCCACCUGCACGCUGCUCAUUCCCAAGGCUGACAAGCUCAUCACACUCCAAGGCCACCUCAACGCAUCUGCACCGUCCAUCGAAACCCUCCUCCUGAUCAACGGCCUCGGUGCGCCCUCAGCGCUCCACAGCUUCAACGGCAGCAGAGGCCCGUCGCCGUCCCGCAAGGGCCUGCCGCCUCUCUCCCCUCGCGGCUUCACCCCCCGCCUCUUCUCCCCUCGUACAGCCUCCCCCACUGAUACUACCACUGACCCACAAUCAGGGAAUCCCCACCACCAGGCGAGUUCUUCCCUGCAAGGAAAUCUGAAUUCUCUUCAAGGAGUUUCCCACCGUGCGGAGGUGUAUCGGCCGGGGCUGCCGCCGUCGCCGCCAGCUGCCUGCUCCCCAUCCACUGCAGCAGCCGUGGCGUACUCCGCCACACUCGCAUCAGGCCCAUCAGCAGCAGGAGGCGGCGGCGCAGCAGCAGUGGGAACAGCAGCAGGGGCGGCAGGGAGUGAUCCUCGCGUGCAGCCCCCGUCCCCGCGCAUCCACUUCCGCCCGUUCAACGUGUCGGCGUCGUUCGCCUCGCGCUCCAUCAAGCGCCGCAUCCCCUCUGCCUCCAUGCGCGCUGCCUUUGUGCGCCGCAUGCUCAGCCCCAGCGCUGCCCGCCGCGGCAGGGCAGGAGGAGCGGACGGCUCGGACGGCGACGACAGCAGCAGCAGCAGCGUCGGCAGCAGCCACCACUUCUUUAACCGCGCUAGAGGGUUCUCCCUUAGUGGCAGCUUUGGAAGCCACAGUAGCGCUGGUGCUGGCGCUGGCGCUGGUGCAGCUGCUGCCGCUGGCGCAGCUUGUGGUGGUGCUGCUAGUGGGGAGUUGUUGCGGGCGCGGCUGCAGAGGCAGAGCUCGUUUUCCAAUCUCGAGGCCCUCAUGGCUGCUGGCACCUGCUCGGGCACCUUUGCUGUCGGUUCCGGCGCUCCCCUGCUCGGCACUGGCGGUUACUACGGCGAGGCUGAUUUCCCCACCACUGCUGCUGGUGCCGCCGGUUCUGCUGCCGCCGCUGCUGUCGCCGCCGCUGCUGGUGCUGCUGGUGCUGCUGGUGGUGCUGGUGCGGGUGGGUUCAGUGGGGGCUCGUUAGCAGACGCGGUGCAGAGGGCGGCGAGGGCAGGGGCGAUGGCAGGGAGGGGUCGCAGCAUGAUCCCCCAAUCGGAGCCGCUGUCCCUGGGCAUGUCGGCUGCUGUUCUCAUGGAUGAUUCGGAUGAUGAGGACGACGAGGAGAUGGGGAGCGACAAGGGCAGCGAGCGGGGGAGCGAGAGGGGGGAGGAGAGUGGCAGCGAGCGGGGCGGGAGUGAGAAGGCAGGGAGGCUUGGACUACCGUUGAAUCUGCGCUCCCGGCCACCAACGCCGCCCAAGUCCCCUGUGGCUCGCUCCAUGGCCAGCUGCUCUGUCAGCAGUGCUGCGAGCAUUCCCGAGCUGGAGGAGGGAGAGGAAGAGGAUGAGGAGGAGGAGGCGGGAAAGGAGGUUCUGGGACGUGCCAUGAGCACAGUACAGCCUCAGCACCAAGCCAGCUUCGCAGGGUCGGAUAGAGGUUCAGCUGGGCAGUCUCCUCCGCCUAACCCGCCUGCCACACCACCCGGGCGUCACAGUUUCUCUCGCAGCCGCCCCUUUCCACCAUCUGCCCUCGCUACCCUCCCCAAUUCACCCCCUAGCUCCGCCUCCUCCAAGUCGCCUACCCCUCAGGUACCCAGAGCGCUAUCCAUCCCAGAUCACCCUUUCGAAAUGGCCUCCAACAGCCCUCGAUUGUCCCUGUCACCGUCCAGCCCCCAUGACCCUGCGCAAGCUCCCACCACCCCUCGCCUGCCCAAGUCACCUGGUAGUACUCACCUCGCUGACUCUCCCGCCCAAGCACCCACCACGCCUCGCCUUCCCAAGGCGUUUUCCAACCCCAACCCACCCACAACCCCACCCGGUCUUGGCCUCACCAAAUCUUCCUCCAUUGCGGCCCUUGCCCAGCUGCCCUCCAGCCCUAAGGGUGUGUUGGGUGCCGUGCACAUGCCCUCCACCCCUCAGGGUGUGUUGGGGGGAGCGCACAUGCCAUGCACCCCUGAGCCCAUGCAGUUGCCCUCCAUGCCUCGGCCUGCGCUGGCACCUCUUGCAGCUAGGGAGGGGGAGAGGGUGAGGGGGGAGGAGGAGCAGGAGGAGGGCAUCACGUUUGUCACUGGCGAGUUCUCAACCAAGUAUUCCUCCUCCAGCAGCCUCUCAGCCUGGUCGCCUGCUCGCUCUGAAGCCAGCAGCGCCUCCCUCCUCUUCCGAACCGAAUCCCGAACCUCCACCGAGUCCUCCCGGCCCUCCACCGAGUGCCGGACCUUCUCCCGAGCCGAGAUCCUCCAGGCCACCGACCACUUCUCCCCAAAAACCGUCCUCACUAAAACCGUCCUCGGUACUCUCCACAAGGGUACGCUCUUCGGCUCUACAGUCGCAAUCAAACGCCUCGAGCACGCAAGCUCGUGCGAGGAGGAGGAUUUCCAGCGAGAAGUGAGCAUACUGUCCAAAGUUCGCCACCCGCACGUGGCCCUCAUGAUGGGUCAGUGCCCUGAGGAGCGCUGCAUAGUCUACGAGCACCUCCCAGGAGGCUCCCUCCUCGAGCGCCUCGCCAAAACCCCCGGCGCCAAGCCGUGGGCCCCGCUGACGUGGCACGACCGGAUCCGUGUGUCGUGCGAGCUGGCAGCAGCCCUAGUGUUCCUGCACUGCCACGACCCGCCCAUCGUCCACGGGGACCUGCGACCGGAAAAUAUCCUUCUGGACAGAAACAAGCGCAGCAAGGUGGGCGACGCAGGGAUUGCCCAGUUUGUGGGGCAGGGCGAGGUGCUGCCGGAAACGUGGCGUCUGUCCGGGUCUGUCGGGUACAUAGACCCUUCGGAGAUGCAGACAGGGGAGUUGACGGGGAGGAGCGAUGUGUACGCGCUCGGGUUGAUAAUUCUCCAGCUGCUGCUCGGGCAGCCGAAUAUCCGCGCAUUGCACAAGCAGCUGAUGCCGUUCAAGCGGGCGGGCGGGGCAGUGGAGGCAGCAGUGGAGGAGUUCAUGUGCUGUUUAGAUCCUGCGGCUGGGAUUUGGCCGCGGAAGGUGGCUGAGAGGAUGCUGGCGAUGGCGCUGCUGUGUGUGCUGAACGAUGCUGAGGCUCGGCCGGACUUCGUGGGGUGUGUGUUUCCGGAGCUGCGGCAUGUAGGGCAGUGGGCGGAGGCGGAGAGGAAGCGGCGGUGCCCAGGGCAGGAGGAGAAGCUCAUGUGCCCGCUGAGCAAGACUCGUAUGCAGGACCCUGUGAUUGCUGCUGAUGGCUACACGUACGAGAGGAGGUAUAUCGAGAAGUGGUUUAAGGACAGCAGUGUCUCCCCCAAGACUGGGAAGCCCCUGUCUCACAAGGCAUUGAUUCCCAAUCUCACUAUUCUGGCCUUUGUGAACAGCUAA